CAGCUCUGUGGUGGAGAAGAUUCUGACACUAUUAGUGGGGCAAGCUGCUGCAGCAUUGUUAGUGGGAGUUCCCUAGGAGAAAAAAUUUCUUUCUACUGUCGCAACAAUGCCUCGUUUGAAUCUGGCAGGGGAUAUGGAAAGAAUUCUCUGUCUACAAUCAUGUCAGACACGUGCGACCAAAGUUUAACCAUGUUGCCAAGAGGAAACGAAUGCUUGGAUGAAAUGAACAGCUGGUCAAAAAUGAUACGGCCUUGUUCAGUCCCCCUGGAUAGAAUAGACACACAGUCUGCCAAAGGUAUAGUAGUUGUCAGGUAGUUAGGGGCAGGAAAUGCUAGCGAUAAAGUACACACAUGUCAGAUGAAUCUUUACCAACAAUAAAAAAAAUCAUAUGGAGAGCAUAAGUGAAUAGGACAUUCUAGGGACAAGCGAUUGUUGAUUCCGUCUCGUAAAGCAGCACUAUACAUUAUUAUGAUUCAACCUUUGAAAUCUGGGUCAAUUUUUAAUCCAUAUAUGUACAUGUCAUCAGGUAAAUGAUUUAUCAAUAUUUGUAAAAAAAAUUUCUUUAACAGACAAUUAUGGCACUCUGGACAAACAAGCUAUAAAAUCAGCAGAGGCCUUGCAUCUGAUGGAGAGGAACUUUGAGGACUCUGUAUCUGUCUGUCCCUCGGCAGUCAGUUCAGACGGUGGCAAAAAGAAAAAGAGGCGAACACGACAGGAGAGAGACAUUAGUGGGUUGAGGAGGUUGCGUCGUCAGCAUAUCUUUUUCUCCUCAUCAUCUGAUGAAGCUCAGAAGUCAGCGGAGCCUGACAGAGAGGUCAAAGUGCAAACAGUUGCAUCUCCCACUAGAAAUGAUGAAAGGGUCUCUUCGUGCGAGAAGAACUGCAGUGAUAGGAGCACACCAGGGAAGGAGAGGUCAACCACAACUUUAGCGCCUGUGUCGGAUUUAGGAGUCUCGACGCCCACCAAAUCUGCAGUUGUGACUAUUGCAGCCUGUGAUUCAUCUACAAGUGUAGGCCUGGUUGAUUCAGAGGGGUCAGUAUACAGAAUAUAG